GGUAACCCGGUCAACGACAUGAAGGCCUCUACUGAAGCUUGGGUCGUCUUUCUGCUGGUUUCGUCAUUAGUCGGUUUCUCCUCUUCCUUAUAUCGAAAGUAUCAAGAGGAAGAGCACUACCUACAAAGAGCCGACGAACCUCUGAAGCCCCUGCUGAAGGCCACAACCAGACGAGAUUGCUCCGUCAUCUUUGUGGCAGACAAGAAGACUGAUCCUUACUCCUCUUACUUGAUUCAGGAGUUGGAGCUGGAGACUGAGGCUCCUCACGGAAUCUCGACUUUUGAACUGAUGUAUGACGCCGAAGAUGCCAAUAACUCGAGGUCAGCGAUGUCCAGUACCCUUCGAGAAGUCACAAAGCUGAGGAAAGCUUCCUGGUGCGUUGUGGUCAUUGUGCUCAGCGACGAUCCCGUCUUCCUGACGGCGUUGGCCAAGGUGGGACUGAAAGCGAGGCUAGUGGGGUGGCCGACGAAGAUGCUCGUCGUUACGAGGCUAGAGCCGGCUAGCCUGACUUAUCUCAUAUCCCAGCACUGGAUCUAUUCCUUGAUGAGUACCAUGUUUGUGAACCUGGAGGUCAAGGGAGUUUCAUACAGAUGGGUUAUCUAUUCUCAUUUCCCUUAUAGUCCCGAGGGUCCCAAAGAAGUAGUCAUCGGAACUUGGGCUCCGGGGAUGGGAUUUCGUCUUCAUACAGGUCAACGCCUCUUCCCUGACAAAUACCAAGACUUUCACGGAGGUAUUGUGAACGUGACCAGCCUGACGCACACCCCAUACUGGAUGGAGGAGGAGUACACCAAGGAAGACGGCACCAAAGGGAAGAUCAUCACAGGGACAGACGGUCUUCUUCUCCAUGUCAUCGCUAAGAAGCUGAACUUCACUUUCUACCUCAUGCCUGCCGAUGACUGGGAUGAGGUUGAGCGCCUAGUCAUAGAUCGAGAAGCAUACAUGUCUCCCGUCUACUGGGACCUGAUCCCCGAGCGCCUGGAGAGAUAUGACAUGUCCUUUGUCUACGAACACGCGUACUUUGCUUUCUCCAUGGUUGCGCCUCCUGUGAAGCCCCACUGGACGAGCCUCUACUACCCCUUGACUGAUGACGUCUGGAUUGCUACCCUCGUCAGCUUAGCCUUUGCCUCAGUUGCACUCGCUAUGAUGCUUUCUCUGAACAAGACGAAGGCGUGGGAAAAGCUCCACGAGGCAGAGAUUGCUAUCCUGGAGGUCGUGGGGACUCUGCUGAAUCAGACCUUCGCUCAUCAACAUCCUGACACUGGAUCGACGAGGAUGCUGGUCGUAGCCUGGCUGCUGUUCUCGUUUCUCAUCGGUUCCGUUUACAGGGCCAAUCUCACCGCUUUCUUGAUGCUGCCCAAGCCUCAGCCCAGGGCAGAGACAGUGGAGGAACUUGUGGAAGCUGUUGAUGUGGUGACCGGCGAAACCUACUCUGAAUCGACCAAGAUCUUCUUCAUGAAAUCGGAAUACCCUCCUUACAGGAAACUCGGAGAAAUGCUUACCAUCGGUUACGAGACUUCCGUCGGAAUGCGGCUGGCUGAGGAAAACAAAAGGUCUUCUCACGUGGACUUCCUGAAACACAUGCACCACGUCCUUGUAGACAAGUUCACUCGUCCUGAUGGGACUACAAGCCUCUACAUAGGGAAGUCCAACAUCGUCUAUCUUCCCUCAUCUUGGCCGAUGUCCCACGAUACUCCGUUCUUGCCCCACGUGGACAAGAUUCUAAUCGAGGCCGUUGAGUCUGGCAUCAUAGAAAAGUGGUACAGAGACGAGAUCGAGAAGGCGCGGCGAAAGAGCAUGGAGAGGCUGCGGGAGAGCCGAGCCAAGGGCCUGGCGGAGAACAGCGAAGCCAUCAACGAGGAGGACAUCAUGAGCGGCGCCAUCCCAGCGCUGUCUCUGGCCCACCUGCAGGGGCCUUUCAUUUUGGUCGUCAUCGGCUCGGUCUUGGCCUUCGUCGCGUUCUUCUUUGAGGUCGCGUGCGGCCUGCGCUGUUGUCGGUGAUUUUAAGGACUUCGUGGGAAGAAGAUUAGGAACUGGAUUCUUUUUACGGGUCUUAUAUUGAGGCAUUUUGAAAAGGGCAAAAAGCUGAGAAUUUACAAAACUCUUUGGGCGUCUAAAUAUUCUUCGAAUGUAGAGGAAUGUACAUGAAUUCCGGCAGACUUUGAUUGACGUUCAGAAUUCAUACUUUUUGAGAAGAGACAAACAGUAAAAAACUUUUAAAAAAUAUUAAAAGAAACCUGUUGCAUUGUAUUUUACACAAUCAAGUAACAUUGUCUUUUAAAAAAAACAGGAACAUUAAAUGUUCCUCAUAGACGACGUCCUUAGAAUGGCGUUCAUUAAUUAUGGAAGGGCAACUGAGCCUUAUUGAACCAAAACAGUAUACCUGCACCACUGUUAAACUAUGUUAACUGUUGGAACAAAUUAAA